AUGCCCGGGAGCAACUACGACCAGGGACAGGAGAUUUUCUCGAAGCUAAGGGCCCUCCAAGAAGCAAUCUCCAAGAUAGCCUUCACCUCUGCGGUCCCUGGAUUUGGAUACUUGCCAACCAAGACCAACAGGGAAGUAGGGAAGCUGGAGAGAGGUUCAGUCCUUGAUCCUGAAGGUAGUCGAGGAACGAAAGGAAGCAACCUCGGAGAAGGACCUGCUUUGAAUGAUACUCGAAGGCACAGAAAAUGUCCGUGUGUUGGGAAGCGGAGAUGUAGCGGCCCAUUUCAUCAUGGACAACUGCAAGAACAUCUUGGCCGGGUACAAAGACAACCACCGUUUGCAGCCGCCUGGACAUUGAUUCUGUUGGCCUCGAAUCCUGGAUGGCAAGCCAAAGUAUGCCAGGAGGUAGUGCAAGCGUUGCACGGUGGCCAGCUUCCGAUGCUGACAUGA